AUGACAGAGAGUGGCGAAGGGAACCCUAAUCCCCUGACGAAAAUCAGCAAAAUCGAAACGGAGAUGGGAAGAACAAUCUCGGAUGCGAUAUUGGUGGAGAUACUUGCUCGAUUACCCCUGCGAACCAUCGCAAGAUUCAAAUUGGUCUGCAUAAAAUGGAAAUCGGAAAUCGAAUCGCCGUAUUUCCGCCGCCUCUUCGUCUCUGUCCACCGAAGCUCCCCCUCAUCAUCUUCUUCUUCCUCCUGGUCGCUCAUGUUCGCGCUUCGUCUUCCCAUCACAGAGGCUAUUGGCUUUCAUGGAUGCAACGCAUGGGAUCUCCCGAAAUCUCUUGCUUCUUACAUUUCGCCUUUUGAAAGGUACUCAGAUCUCCUUUGCCACUAUGUAGCCUCCUCCAAUGGAUUGGUUUGGAUCGAUGCCUUCACCAUUCCCAUCAGGAACUCGACGGAAUAUUUAAAAUCCUUCGUUGGUAAUCCAGUUUUACAGCAAUGGGUGGAAAUCCCUCCGCCUCCAUCUAAAUCUUCCCCCACAGGUUUGGUAACGCGUGUUGAGAACGGUGCCGUUUCGAGCUUUAAAGUUGUUAGGACUAAAGUUGAACGUACGGAGAUGGGAAUGAUGAAUGUAUGGAGUGUGUAUGUGUAUUCUUCUGAGACAGGUUUAUGGACUUUUAAGCGGAUUCGCUCCUCUUGUCGUGUCUCUGGUUUGGUUCCUGCAUUGAAUCUCGAUGGGAAGCUUUACAUGUGGGAUAAUAGAUGUGGAUCGGUUGAUACUGAGUUCGGAGUCCUUGUAGGUUAUGACUUCUAUGCUGAAAAAGGAGAUGAUGAUGAUGAUCAGUGUCGGGUUAUACCAUUUCCUUUGCCGGAUAACAAAUACGUUAGGAGAUGCUUGACUACUUCAAGAGGAGAUGUUCUGUACGUAGAGAUACUGUAUCGAAGAGAAGAAAUCGACAUGGCUUCUGUUGGAUUUGAUGUCUUUUGUUUUCCGUUGGCUAUGAAUCCUUACGACGCUGACAUCAUCUAUCUGUGGAGUCGACAGCACGAGUGUUUGGUUUCGGGUAACUUGAGGACUCUAGAGUUUAUUGUUCAUCAAGAAUCAGAGAAUUGGAGUAGCCUUGAAGGUUGUUGUUGUCGCAUAAACAAGAACGAUUCUAAGAGUCAUAUGAUUGUUUAUCGCAAUGAACAUUCUACUGAUGUCAUCGUGUUGUCCCAAUUCGUGCUUCCACCGUGGAUGGGCUCGGUUCCUCGUCCGCCGCAGAUUUGUUAG